CAAAGAGAAUAUAAAUAAUAGAAUUUCAGCCAAUUAAAAAGAUAUAGAAGAAGACUCAAAACACCAUCUAGCUAGAUAGCAGAAGAGAUAUGGCAGCUUCAAUGAGAUCCUUCUUCUAUGCAAUUCUCAUCCUCAAUCUCCUUGGGAAGGGUUUGUGCCAAUGCAGCUUGAAAAGCCUCACAGUUUCACAAGAUAAAACUGGGAAGAUGGUAGGAGGGGAAGCUGAGUAUGAGGUGACAGUGACUAACACCUGCUAUUGCACCCAAACUAGUGUGACAUUGAGCUGUCCAGGAUUUUCUGCAGUGAAGAGCAUCGACACUUCAGUCUUAACAGUGAAUGGGAAUACAUGCACACUUACACAGCCCUUGUAUGGUUCCAAAUCAGUUAGUUUCAAAUAUGCAUCGGGCACUCCAUUUACCUUUACUCUGGCCAGCUCCCAGAUUGCCUGCUCUUGAUCACUUUGUGUGAAAUAAGAUAAUAAGGAAAGGCAAGAUAAAUUUUGUUAUCAUUGUCUUUUCAUCCUCCUCUGAUGAUGAAUAAAGAAAAGAGUUUUGCAAA